CCCCGCCCUCUUCCGUACUCAGUCUGCGAAACCAACUGCCGCUACAGAGCGAGGUGCCUUUCUCUCUUGUCGGCCGCCGUAGUUUUUAACAAAAAAAAAAAAAACGGUUACCCAGCAACAAGAAAAAAAACAAUUCUAACCCACGGCACCAGCUGGGAGAGAAAGAAGAGGUAUCAUAGGGAGUUCUUCCCAAGAAGAUGGCAAAUCCAUUCUCCAACACUUACCUCCGAAUUCCACAAGGAUUUGGGAACCUUCUUGAAGGGCUCACACGUGAGAUCCUGAGGGAGCAACCGGAAAAUAUACCAGCUUUUGCAGCAGCGUAUUUUAAGGACCUUCUUGAGAAAAGAGAGAAAACCAACUUUGAUCCAGCAGAAUGGGGGGCUAAGAUAGACGACCGCUACUAUAACAAUCAUGCAUUCAAGGAGUCUGCGGGGGAAAAUAAAGAGGAAGCUGCUGCUGUCAAAAUCCAAGCAGCCUUCCGGGGACACCUGGCCAGAGAAGAGGUAAAGAAAAUGAAAUCAGAAAAACUUGAAAAUACCAAAGAAGCAAAUAAGUGAGGACACUGGUUUUGCCCCCAGGAAACAUGAAAAACAAUCUAAAUCAUCAAACUUGUUGUAACUGUCAUUUUUUCCUUAGUUAGGGAGAUUUGAUGUUGUGAAAUAAUAUUUGUUGCUGUUGUGAAAAUCUGUUGAGCAUUUGUUUAAUAAACAUGCCACUGAAACAUGUUACUUAAAA